AUGAAUGCUAAACGAAGACGCCUAUAUUCUCUUGAGCCAAACUUGAUAGCGCAAACAAUGUUUGCUAGAGAUUACGUGAACCAUUUGGUUCCAGCUCUAAUGAAGAUAAAGAAAGAAACACCAUUAGAUGACAAAUAUGGCCAUGACUCUGAGCUAGAAAAAACUGUGAGACAUGAAGUAGACCUGGCGUUGGUGAUGUCCGCCCCAGGGUUUGCUUGGAGUCAAGCCUUGAAAAGUAGGCUUCGCAAAAAUAUCAAUGCAGGUAGAUUUCAUGACUCUUCCAUCUAUCAUCAUGAUGAUUCUUCUGCCUCAUUGAAAUGUCCUUCUAUGCAUGGCCCAAGCAUUCUGAAAAACGAUGAUAAUGAUCCUUGCUCACCAAGGUUAACGCAUGCUAAUUAUAAUGCAACUGCUCAAAUGAAAGUUGCUCCAAGCCCUAAUGGUAAGGCCAAGAUUAACAAGAAAUUAAAGAGGGACAGAACCAAGACAGGAGCUGCAAAGCAAGUUGAGCAAGAGCAAGUUGGAAGCCAGUUGGCCAGUCUAAGAUCUCUUUUGCCUGGUGGGCAUGAGAUGGGUGUUGAUGAAUUGUUUAACGAAAUGGGAAGUUAUGUAACCAGUCUUGAGAUGCAGUUUAGCAGUUCCCGGUUCUCGGACGUUGUUGGGUCUCGAGAAGAAGAUGAGGAGGAAAAGGAGAGACCACUGGUCCUCCGGAACAAGUCACCAAGAUGGCAUGAACAGUUGCAGUGCUGGUGCCUCAAUUUCCGUGGGAGAGUGUCGGUUGCCUCUGUCAAGAACUUCCAGCUUAUUGCUGCGACGCAGCCUGCUGCUGGUGCACCAACACCUUCGCAGCCUGCUCAGUCUGAUCACGAGAAGGUCAUUCUUCAGUUUGGUAAGGUUGGGAAAGAUAUGUUCACCAUGGAUUACCGGUAUCCUUUGUCUGCAUUUCAGGCGUUUGCUAUCUGCUUGAGCAGCUUUGACACUAAAUUGGCAUGUGAAUAG